UGGGGGUGGCGCUGCCGGGCCCGUUACUUGUCCCCGCGUGUCCCCGCGUGUCCCCGCGUCCCGCCGGGCAGCAGGAGGAGGCGACGCUGCGGCUUCGACAUGGGGGACCCCGAGACGCUGGGGGCGCUCGGGGAGCUGGGGGGGCGGUGGCCGCCCUUGGCUCCGCCCAUAGCCCCGCCCCCGCCGGGCCCCGCCGAGGUGGAGAUCACGUGGCAGGAGAUCCUGUCGCUCAGCGAGCUGCAGGGCCUGGACGUGUCAACCGCCCCCCCUUUCCCCCCAGCGCCCCCUCCGCUUUCCCCCCCCGCUCCCCCGCCGCUCCCGCCCCGCUGGCCGCUGCCGCUGCCGCCCGAGGCGCUGGUGGCGCUGCCGGCCGAGUCGUUCCGAGCCGCGCUGGGCCGGGCCCGCCUGUCGGGGGCGGAGGUGGCGCUGGCCCGCGACAUCCGCCGCCGGGCCAAGAACAAGGUGGCGGCGCAGAGAUGCCGGCGCCGCAAGCUGGAAGCGAUCGCGGGGCUGCGGGAGGAGCUGGGCCGCUUGGGACGGGAGAGGGAGCGGCUGCUCAGGGUGCGCGGGGGGCUGCGCAGGGACCUGGCCAGGGUGGCGGCCAUGGUGCGGGGGGUGCUGGGGGACGGGGGGGACCUGGGGGUGCUGGGGAAUGAGGGAGUGAUGGGGAGUGGGGGGGUCCUAGACAAUGCGGGAGUGAUGGGGAAUGGGGGGGGUCCUGGACAAUAG